UAUUACCGGUCUAUUACAAGCACGUUCUGGUUCCACCUCUCAGGCGCUACUCCUGUAGAGGUCCGUCCGUGCUGCUUUUCCUCCUAACAUUGGUUCCGUUUCUGUUAGCGGUCCGUGGACUUGGUACUCUAACUAUUGUAUUUCCUCUAUCAGUGUCAACCGACGGCAGACCUCGAUAUUUGUUUUGGAUUUUCUAUCCUUUCUUCAGCCCCGCUUUGCGGGAAACUUUGAUGUGCUAGGCAUCUGUGGAACACUGACCUCUGCUAAUCAUCAGAGAGAUACCAGGAGAGAUGAUGAAACUACUGUCCAAGUAAAGCAAUACAAGUGAGAAGCCAGAUGUUAAGAUUUACUGUUGCAGUGACAUUUCUGUGACGAUCGCUCUUGAGGUUCUGAAGUCUGUUCAGUUAUUCCAAGACGAUAGCAUUGAGCCCUUUGAUGUUAUGGCAGGAGGAAGGAGAGGGCCCAAUAGGACAUCCUACUGCCGAAAUACCCUCGGUGAAAUGGGAUCAGCUGGUGGCUCUGCUCAUACUUCCAGCUCUCCAGUUACUGGAGUCCGUUCCCGGACAAGGAGUGGUUCUGGGACAGGCCUUUCCAGUCCUCCCCUAGCAGCACAGACUGUCAUUCCACUGAAGCACAGCAAAAUCCCAGAAUUGCCAGCAGAGAGAAAUGUCCUCUUUGAAUUUCAGCUGCUGUUCUGCCACCUAAUAGCCCUUUUUGUGCACUAUAUAAAUAUCUAUAAGACAGUUUGGUGGUACCCUCCAGAGAACCCUCCUUCUCACACCUCUUUGAACUUUCAUCUGAUAGAUUACAAUCUGCUGACGUUUGCUAUCCUUGUCUUGGCUCGCAGACUUAUCACUGCAGUCGUAAAAGAGGCAUCUCAGAGUGGAAGAGUAUCUGUACCGCAGUCUGUCUUUUUGGUGACUACAAGAUUCGCUAUUUUAACAGGAACAGGAUGGAGCUUGUGCCGAUCAUUAAUACACCUUUUUAGGACCUACUCGGUCUUAAAUUUACUGUUUCUCUGUUACCCGUUUGGAAUGUAUAUUCCUUUCCUCCGAUUUGGCUGGGACUUUAGAAGGCCACGCCCUCUAUCUCCCAUCACCACCAUCGGGCCUAAAGAGAAUGGAACAGCUAAUGGCAAAAGCAAAGACUAUUUAUCAGUUUUAAAAGAGACAUGGAAGUUGCACACCAGGCAGCUCUAUGGCACAGAAACCCUUCCCAGUCAUGCCUGCUGCCUUUCCCCAGACCUGAUCCGCAGUGAAGUGGAAUAUUUAAAGCUGGAUUUUAAUUGGAGGAUGAAGGAGGUACUGGUGAGCGCCAUGCUUAGUGCGUAUUAUGUGGCCUUCGUUCCUGUCUGGUUUAUAAAGAGCACUCAGUAUUAUGAUAAACGGUGGUCAUGUGAGCUCUUUAUCUUGGUUUCGGUCAGUACAUCGGUUGUACUGAUGCGACAUCUCCUCCCUCCUCGCUACUGUGAUCUUUUACACAAAGCAGCAGCGCACCUUGGCUGUUGGCAGAAAGUAGAUCCAGCACUCUGUUCCAACGUACUGCAGCACUCAUGGUCAGAAGAAUGCAUGUGGCCCCAGGGAGUGUUAGUAAAACACAACAAAAAUGUAUACAAAGCCAUGGGGCAUUACAAUGUUGCAGUUCCUUCAGACAUGUCACAUUACAGAUUUUAUUUUUUCUUUCACAGACCUCUGAGGAUAUUAAAUAUACUCAUCAUUCUAGAAGGAUCCAUCAUAUUUUACCAGCUGUACUCACUCAUCUGUUCAGAAAAGUGGCAUCAAACAAUAUCACUAGCAUUGAUACUUUUUAGCAAUUAUUAUGCUUUUUUCAAAUUACUUCGGGACAGGAUCGUCCUUGGGAAGGCUUAUUCCUUCUGUACAGACAGCAACACAGAGCAAAAAUUAAACUAAGAGACUUUGUCCUACAAACAUCCAAAAAAGCUUUGUAUUUUUGUUACAAUUGCCUUUUUUUCUUGUGACAAUUGCUGUGAGUAAAGAAAAUAUUUUUGUAGUA